AUUUAAAGGGUUUAUAUUUUGAGUACACCACGCAGUUAUAUUUUGUCUUCGCCGGACGUCGAACGUGGAGUGACAACUGAAAACACAAAUUAAUUUAAAGCAGAUAUUUUAAAGGAUCAGAAUAGAAAAUGCUUUCAGUAUUGCGUAAAUUUUCGCGAAAGAAUUCAACUGUGGCCGCAACAAUUAUCGCAUGCGGCGAUAACAUCAACUGCAAAACGCAUUCUCAGCGGUCAUUUGGCGAUGGGAUAGACACUACUCGAGAGAUGCACCAAAAAACUCUGGGCAGAUCAAUCCGCCCCCUAUCAACUGUGGAAAGUCCCCGUGGGAAAAGAAAUACACGCCCGAUGAUGUCCAAAAAAGAGAUCACUGAAUAUAUGGCUGUUUUUCCAGAAGUCGUGCGAGACCUGACAUUGAUAGCUGAAAGGUACAAAAGUAAAGAGGCUGCAGAAUGGUUCAGAAAGGCUCUACAGUACAAUAUAUCGGUGACGAGUACGAAAAAUAGUCUAGUCUCCGUUUUGACUUACAAAAGUGUAGUCAAUAGCGAUCAGCUCACCGCGGAAAAACUAAAGCUCGCUCAUUUGCUUGGCUGGUGCAUUGAAUUGCACCAUUGUAUAAUUCUCAUGAGCGACGAUUUGGUGGACGGCGGCCUCGCACGUCGUGGUCAACCAUGUUGGCAUAAGUUGAAGGAAGUCGGGCUUAAUGCCAUCAACGACAUGCUGAUGAUUGAAAAUGGUCUAUAUGAACUACUCAAGAAACAUUUUCGUCAUUUGAAUUGCUAUUUAGAUCUAAUCGAAUUGUUUCGCUGGAGCACCUUCGUAUGUAUAACUGGGCAGUCAUUAGAUUUGCUAGCUUCUAAAAAGAAUGUGGCCGAAUUCAAUAUGGAUAUAUUCAAUUCGAUUGCCUUGCAUAAGACUUGCAAACAUUUCUUCUUUUUACCCGUUGCGCUGGGUUUGCACUUAGCUGGCAUUAAGGAUCAGCAGGUUUUAGAUGAGUGUGAAGCCAUAACAUUUGACAUGGGUACUUACUGUCAAAUACAAAAUGAUUUUACCGAUUGCUUUUCGAAUACUAACAUCACUGGCAAAAUUGGCUCAGAUAUACAGGAACACAAGUGUACUUGGUUGGCGGUAAUGUGCAUGGAGAGAGCUAGUCCAGCGCAGAGGGCUGUAAUGGAGGAAUGCUAUGGAAAGAGUGAUCCACAAAAGGUGGCGCGUGUCAAGCAACUUUAUGAAGAUCUAAACCUACCUAGGGUCUACGCCAAAUACGAGGAAGAAACAUACAACGGCAUCAAAGCACGUAUUCAACAAACUUCAGAUGCGGUACCGAGCGAAAUUUUGCUAGAAAUGCUUAACACAAUUUAUCAAAUAGAAGUCAAAUAAAGAAAAAAAUUCCCGAUAA